GGGCGAGAAAGGUGGGGGUGUUUUACGUCAAAGUAAGGGUGCAACCUGCGUGGCCAUACACUGCCAGGAAUAGAGUGAUUAGUAAUGUAACUGUGACGUAUAAUUAUCAGCCUUCAAUUCACUGCCAGACACAAUGGGCCACCUGCUCAACUCUACCUCCACCUUAUUCACACAACUCUACGAUUACUACUCAUGGACGUUAUCACUGUCUGAUGAACGCACCAGAGGGUGGUUAAUGGUGGACUCACCCACACCCACGCUUCUGUACACAGCCUUGUACCUGGCCAUCGUGGGCGUAGGACCCAGGCUCAUGCGUGACCGUAAACCCUUCAAGCUCAAAUGGAUCCUGCUUCCUUACAAUAUAGCUAUGGCAGUUCUUAACCUGUACAUUGCCUUUGAGCUGUUUGUUGGUUCGACGAGGUUAAGGUACAGCUACGUUUGCCAACCUAUCAGACACAUAUCCCAUAAGGAGGAAUUACGGAUAGCAAAUGCUGUUUGGUGGUACUACUUCUCCAAGUUGUUAGAAUUCUCUGAUACAUUCUUCUUCAUCCUGCGGAAGAAGGACAAGCAGCUGACAUUCCUGCAUGUCUACCACCACUCCACCAUGUUCUCUCUCUGGUGGAUCGGUAUCAAGUGGGUACCAAGUGGGUCCACAUUCCUUCCCGCCAUGGUCAAUUCGUUCAUCCACGUGCUAAUGUACUCAUACUAUGGGUUGUCAGCUCUUGGGCCUCGGAUAGCACCUUUCCUCUGGUGGAAGAAGUACUUGACAAUACUGCAGCUCGUUCAGUUCACAACAGCGUUAAUCCUCGGGAUCAACGGGAUUCGAUCCGGCUGUGACUUUCCGUUGUGGAUGCAGUACGCCCUUGUGAUCUAUAUGCUCUCCUUCAUCAUCCUCUUUGGUAACUUCUACACAAAAGCCUACAUUGAGAAGGGAAAGAAAGCGAUGUACAGAGGGGUGAGCAACGGGCACACAGAACCCUUACCAAGUACUUCAGACAAGAAAUGGGACUGAGAGAUCUACCUCUUUGCUGUGAGAAUAGACUACAGGUUUUGUUCAAGGGGUUGUGGACCAAAAGUGCCUUCAUACCCCGCAACCAAUACACAGCUCGUCAUAGCACAGCACUUUAUACGCUAUACACUCUGAUACACUAGGCAUAGUGAGCAUCUCCUCAGAUACGAGGAAAACUAAAUUUACAUGACAUUUUCUAGCAUAAUUAUGUUAUUUAGCAUUUAAAUUUCUGAUAAGGUGAUUGAUGAAAUACCACAGUUUUGGUUAUUUGUUUACAUUCUCCUAUUUAUUAUAUCCAAUUCAUUCUUUAUUUUUCAACGCAACUUAUUUUGACAAAUUAAUAUAUGUAACUCACUAUUACUGAUUUUCAAACUUAAUAUUUAGAAGAAAUAUAUACAUAUAAUAGUUUUUUGUGUAUAAUGAAUACUCAGUUAAUUUUGGAGAAAACACUAUGACUUGUGUUUAGUUCCUAUACAGUAUGACAAUUAAAACAUAUACAGUGUACUGCUCAGAAUGAAUUAAAAGUAUUAUGAAUGGUUAUGUUAUUUAAGGUUUCAUCAUAUCUCUGUACUUAUAAAUGUCUUUGUGUUUUGUUUUGAUGACUUUAUAGGUUAUAUUAUUAAUUCAUGUUGUGUUGUACGAUUUAUAAUUUCUUUCGAUUUAUGUUUUACAGCCUAAAAUUAGUUGAAUAUUAAAUUUCUGUUUGGAAAAGGAGUUUCCACAAUUUUCUCAUUUUAUUGACUAAAAAAUCACGCACUAAUACAGCGAUAUUAUGAUAAAUAUGAACAAUAUUUUGUUUAUCUUUGUGAAAUACAGUAAUUUAGUGCUUUGCAACUCACAGUUAAAAGUCAAUUUACUAACAUAAUAGUUCUGUGAGGCAUAUAUAGUGAUUAUAUAUGAAUAAAAUUAGUUCUCUCAAUACAAUAAUUCUCUCAUACAUGGUACAUUGCUAGUCCAUGUUAUGUGAAAAUGAACAUAAUACAAUAACGACUUCAUGAAGAUGUAAUAUUGCAGUGCCUAUAAAUGCUUUGAACAGAAGACAGCAACCACUGCCACUGAGGUUUUGUCAAAUAGUAGCCUAAGUAGCAAAUGUAUUUUGAAUGCAAAACAGAAAAAGUAAGAAACUUCUUUAUAAGAUAAUAGAAGCAUGGGUAGUGUAUGUUUGUGUGUUCAAAGUAUUACUAAUAUUUAUAUAAAUUAAUUAUACUUAUAUAAGUGUAUGUUACAGGAACAUUUUAAUAUUGUGUUUAGUUGAACUGACAAUCUUUUAUUAAUUAGGAUACUGAUAGCUAUUAAGGUAUUCUUAGAAAAACUGUGUAAUUUUGUCCAUCAAAACUAAGGAAGUUUCAAGGACAACCGUUUCAAAAUAUGGAAGACAAUUUAAAAAAAUCUCAAUUAUUUUGUAAAAUAGCUAUUUAAAGAAAAUAUUACAAUAUGUUUUAUAUAGUAGUUGUGCUUUUAAUUGUGGCACUUGGACCAUAAAAUUCCGGUCCCUUGCGAGACCCUUAUUCCGUACAAAGUGAUCUUCUCUAAUGUUCUGGAUUAAUCACUGAUAUCUAUGUAAUGUAAUUCCCUUCACUGUGUUGAAUUCUUCAUUCAAUAGGUUUGAUAAUAUUAUAUUAGUCAAAUGUUAGUUAAUGUUGACAAAACCUAAUAAAUAUGACUUAUAUCAAUAAUUUUCUACAGAAAGUAGAAUGCAUGGACUGUUUACAGAACAGUCCUGGAACAAAUUUUCAUGUAGGACACUUUGAUCUGCAACCAUAAAAAAUUAUUUAAAAAAAGAGACCAUCCCCCAUUUAAGCCUCCCUUAUGGGUCCUUGGCCUAUGUGAGAGUGUUAUCAACAAGGAGGAGAGUUGGUACAGUACAAGAUCAAUGGUACUGAUAAAAGCAAUUUUACAUAAAAAAAGUAGUGCAGUGAAAUUUUAUGGGCCACAAACAAUUUUACCUGAUAAUUUGUUACAAAAAUUUGUAGACCCUUUCGAUUUUUUCAUACAUUAUUUGGUAAAGCAACCUGUGGUUUUUUGUUGGACAUCAGUGUUUCAGUUCAGUCUUUGUACUGGCAUUUAAUGUUUUUCUUGCCUAAUAGGCACCUUAUAAAAGGCUAAAGUUGUAAUUUUAGGGUAGUAAUAAUUUUUAAUUGAAAAUAAUUUGUUAAGUUCAUGUCAACAUUGUAAAAUAGUAUAAAUAUUGUAAAUAGCAUGUUUGUCUACAGUAAUAAACUGAUAUUGUAUGAAAGACGGAAACGAAUGUUAAUACUAAAAAUCAUUAUGAAUGUUAUCAAAAUAUAGUGAUGAUGACAUAA